AUGGCUUCAGAUCAAGAGGAUGAUGAAUUCCUCGGAUUUUCAGACGAUGAAGGUGAUGGUUCCAGCACGGAUUCUGACUCGGGGGACGAAGGUGUUGCUGUUGAAGAUGGUGCAGUGCCCAUAAAUGCUCAUCAAUAUGGGGACAUGGAGCAAUUUCAGCAAGUACCAGAUUUAAAUGAACUGGCACAAGACUUUCCAAAUGAAGAUGGGACAGCAUCAACAAACUCAGCAAACUCAGAGGUUGUUCCACAUUUAUUUGAUUUAAACACCCCUCAAACAUAUGAGUCAGAAACAUCUCCAUACCAUGAAACAACAACUCCUAUUAACAUUGGUCAUCAUAAGCCGGGGAAGCCAAGGUUAACUGUUGGAUUGAAGUUGGAAAUUUUGAUUUUCCUCCUACGUAGGAAAAAACCAGGUUUAGAGAAACUCUUCAAGGGGACAAUCAAAGAGGCAGCAAUCAAGUAUGAUUACACUCCAAGAACAAUCGGAAGCAUAUGGAACAAGGCUAGGAGACAGAAGGAAGCAAUGCAAACAUAUGAUAUGUCCACCAAUUUCCACAAAUGUGGCAGAAAAAGAAAAGAAGUACCAUAUGAACAAAUUGUAGCGAUUGCAAUGGGGGACAGAACAUGCAUUAUAGAUCUUGCAAGGAUGCUUAAUUUGAGCCCGUCAACAGUUUGGAGAUUAAUCAAGAGAAAGGUGUUAAAGGCUCACUCAAGUCCCUUAUGUCCCGGUAUUUCAGAAACUUGCAAGAUGACAAGAAUGAGAUGGGUACUUAGAUUAAUUAUGGAUUACUCAAUACCACAUGACCCAACAUAUUAUGGCACGUAUGACUUCAUUCACAUAGAUGAAAAAUGGUUUUACCUAACACAGAAAAGUCAAAGAGUAUAUCUUGCAAACAAUGAACCAAAGCCACACAGAAUUGGAAAGUCAAGAACAAAAAUCCCUAAGUUUAUGUUCAUGGCAGCAGUGGCAAGGCCAAGAUGGGGUGAUGAUGGCAAUUGUGAGUUUGAUGGCAAAUUAGGUAUUUUUCCAUUCACAAAUUCAGUUGCAACUAAAAGAACAUCAAAGAACAGAGUGAAGGGGACAAUAGAAACCAAGCCAGUGAAGUCAGUGAAUCAAAUAGCAACAAGGGACAUGAUGAUCAACAAGUUAAUUCCAGCAAUCAAAGAGAAAUGGCCACCUCAUGUCGGGGAAAAGGUGAUCUACAUAAUUCAAGACAACGCAAAAGCACACAUAUUGCAAUCUGAUCCAGAGUGGCAACAACACUACAAACAAGAUGGGUUUACUUUUGUAAUAACUCAACAACCAGCAAACAGUCCAGAUUGUAACAUAUUGGAUUUGGGGUUUUUUAGGUCAAUACAAUCACACAUGCAUAAGAAAAUGCCAAAGACAGUGGAAGAUUUAAGUGGAGCAGUGAUGGACUCUUACAAAGAACUUCAUCCAAAGAUAUUGUCUAAUGUGUGGAUGACACUACAAUAUGUGGGUAAUGAAAUUCUAAAACAUAAGGGAGACAAUAACUACCAACUUCCACACAACAAGAAAAAAAAAUUUAGAGGAUGA